UUGCUCAAGAAGCGCCAUAGCCUAGCGCAUCUCGAUAUCAUUGAUUCGAGUUAAGGUUUGCCUGGAGUGAGCGCGCUUGAUUCAACCUCCGGUCGUUGUACGUGGCAUUUGAUAAGAUGGACGCUGGCGGGUCUUCCUCCAAAGCGACGCAAGUGAGUCGCUCCGUGUCGCUCCUGACUCCGGAACAGUUGGUCCGGAAGAGGGCUCAGGAUCGUGAAAGUCAAAGACAAACAAGGCAAGCACUCUUCGAGAUGCUCACAUGAGGGCGGGACUGUGGGGGGUUUUCGAGUUAACUUGGCACAGAUUGCGAGUGAAGCAGACAAUUGCACAACUUGAAAGCAGAGUCGAGGAUUUGACCCAGCAGCUGAUCGCUACUAAAUUAGAGAACGACUCACUAAAGGCGGAAAAUCAGUUGGCGCCCCCUGGAUCCAUACCGCAACGAAUGGUACCGGGCUCAAUUCCCUUGGAUGACCCAUUCGAAAACUAUCCUGGACUAGAUGCUGUUCAACGAAGAAAUCUUCAUGCAAGUCAAUAUAUGCUUACCAAUUCGCAAUUUGCACAGUCUUCAAUGAUGUCAAUACCAAUCGGCACAGAAGUACAGGAGGCUCCCGGGCUGCUUGACCCCGGUUUACCGCCUCAGUAUUCGUAUGACGACUUUGUACGAUCUAUUUCUAUUCCAGUCUGGGAAGCACGGUCUCUUCACUACCCUCCAACAUGCAAAGUUGAUAAGGUUCUCCUCGGUCUUGUAGAGUCCCGGAGGCCACUCAACCCAAUGGGGGGCAAUGAAUAUGAAUUCACCAACGAAAAGUUCCCCGCUGUUGCUGCUCUCUUGAACCCGCAGCACCAUGCAUUGACAUUUCCAUUGACAACUUCAAUUGUUUCUGGUCUCAUCUAUCAUUUGACUAUUGAGAAUCUUCCGGAACAGAUUGCGAUGAUGUACCUGUUUUGUAUAUUGUGCAGAUGGUUAAUUACUGGUUCUAAAGAAGAUUAUUAUGCAAUGCCAGUAUGGUUGAGACCGGGCGCUGCUCAAAUUGUGACAGCCCAUCCCAUGUGGGUUGAUCUGAUGGCCUGGCCUGGAGCUCGAGAGAGACUUUGUCGAGACAUGAAGUUUCAUGAUAAAUUCGAAGAAUUCAGUAAAAUAGCUAAUGAAACAUGGUCAAUCAAUUGGCCGUACAAUCCAGGCGACUGCUUCAUCACUUUGUCCUCGAAAGAGUACAUUGUGAACCCAGCAUUCAUUACACACAUUCGAGACCUAUCAAACUGGACUUAUGGCCCAAGUUUUUUUGAAGUGUAUCCGGAAUUCAAGAAUGAUAUCAACAUGGGAAGACCGAGAGUUCAGGUGUAAAAGAUAUCGGAUUCCUCCAGAAAGACAAGUGGCAGUUUUAACAACAGCUUCCGGAUGCUUGGGGCUGGCAAACCAUUUCCAUUAACCUGGUCGCAAAGCCGAAUCGCGAUAGUUAUCGCCCCUUCUGUGUGGAACCUCCGAGAUAGGUCAUCCGACAUCCCGACGGCCGUCGUCAAAUACCCGCGUCGAGCGGAUUGACUCGUUAGCUCAUGGGUUGCCCGGUUCCGUUUCCUGAUCUAGCCACCUGCAGCAUUCAGCACUCAGCCACCAAGACUCUUGACACAU